GGGAAUAACAUUCCAAGACUAAACCUUCAAAAACAAAUAAAUAAUAUUACACUUUACCAUUACCUUAUUAAUAUUAACCUAAAAGAGUUCCUAACAUUUUUUUUUGGUUAAACAAUGCAAAACGUACAUUUAUUUCCAUUAAAUACAAAAUAUAAAAUCACCAUGCUUGAAUGACUCUCAUCCAAUCCCAUCAAUCAAAUUCUAAGCAUGGAUAAUGAAAUAGCUCAAGAUCUCUCUCCUCUUAUCAAACUCUACAAAAAUGGCCAAAUUGAGCGUCUCGUCGGAACAGCCACCGUCUCCGCUUCCCUCGACCCCGAAACCGGCGUUAACUCAAACGACGUCGUUAUCUCUCCCGAAACAACUUUAUCAGCUCGGCUUUACAUACCCAAAUCGGCCGGCUCAAUUCAAACCAAACUCCCUCUCCUCGUUUACUUUCACGGCGGUGGCUUCUGCGUCGAAACCGCCUUCUCUCCCGUUUACCAUAACCACCUCAACUCUCUUUCAUCUCAAGCAAACAUAGCUAUUAUCUCAGUAAAUUACCGAUUAGCCCCCGAGCACCCUCUUCCAGCCGCUUACGACGAUUCAUGGGCCGUUUUCAAAUGGGCCUUAGCCCAUUCCAACGCUAAAGGCCCAAACGAGUGGCUCAAUUCCUUAGUUGAUUUCGGAAGAGUUUUUCUCGCUGGAGAUAGCGCCGGCGGUAACAUUGCCCACCACGUGGCACUCCGAGCGGGUUUUGAGGGAAUUAAUCUGAGAGGGAUUGUUUUAAUUCAUCCGUAUUUCUGGGGGAAGGAACCGAUCGGAGAUGAAGGCAAGGACGGAGGAAGUAGCGGAGAUGAAGCUUAUCCGGGUAUGUUGUGGAAGUUUGUUAACCCGUCGUCGAAUAAUGGGUCGGAUGAUCCGUUGAUAAACCCGAGUAAGGAUCCGAAUGUGGGGAAGUUGGGUUGUGGAAGAGUGAUGGUUUGUGUGGCGGAGAAAGAUGGGUUGAAGGAUCGUGGGUGGUUUUAUAAGGAAGUGUUGAAGAAGAGUGGGUGGGAUGGUUGUGUUGAGGUGGUGGAGACCAAAGGAGAAGGUCAUGUCUUCCAUUUGUUCAAUCCAAAUUCUGCUAAUGCUGUUGAGUUUAUGGCUCAAAUCUCUAGCUUUAUCAAUCAAUGAAAAAAAGGAGUCUUUUCACAUUAUUGAUUGUGGAAGAUAGGGACAACAGUGGAACUAGCUAAGGAAAAAUAAGAUAUACUUAAUUUCGUUUAGAAAAUAAUAAAUAAAAGUUAAACUACCUUUUGUUUUCUUUUUGAAAACUUGGCCAGAAUGGUGUAGACCUGUGACUUGUUUGUUUCUAAUAAUAACGUGGUGUUGAAUAAUAUUUUAGAUCUUAUCUUACAAUUA